AUGGCCAUCUCCCUCAUCGGCAUGGCUGGUUAUGCCUUGUUGCUAGGUGCGCAAGGUCCUGGCGCUCGGUAUGCCGGUGUUUUCCUCGCUGCCAUGGGUAUUUAUCCAUGUGUUUCGAAUACCAUUGCGUGGUGUAGCAACAACACAGAAGGCGUCUACAAGAGGGGUGUCACGCUGGGCGUUGUAAUUGGAUGGGGAAAUCUCAACGGUAUCGUCGCCUCUAAUGUCUACCGCGGCGGUGAUGCACCCCAAUUCUACCCCGGCCAUGGCGUGAUGCUUGGAUACCUCGUUGUAUGCUUGUUCGGUGGGUCCCUCAUCCAGUAUCUCCUGCUGAUAGUGGAGAAUCGCAAGCGCAAGCAAGGGAAGCGUGAUCAUUGGAUCGAGGGGUUGAGUCCCGAGCAGCUUGCGCAGCGGGGCGAUGAGCGGCCGGACUUUAUGUAUACGCUGUGA